CCAUCUACUAACCUGCUAUCUUCUCUGCAGAAAAAAAGUGGUUUUGUCUACCCAGUCGAAUUAACUCCAUUGCUUGUUGCUGUGGGUGUUGCUAUUUGCUCUGGUGUCUAUUUCUCUACUAAAAAACUCAGAACCGACAAAACUUUGCGUCUUGGUAGAACUGAUCCUGAUUUAUCCAUCUUGAAUGAGGUUUUAGAGAAGGAAGAAAAC